CCUGUAUCCCGGCACCCCCAAACCCCAGCGCUCCCUGUGUCCCGCACCCCCCACCCAGCCUAGUGCCCCCGCAUCCUGCACCCCCCUCCCAGCCCGGUGUCCCCGUAUUCUGGCACCUCCAAACCCCAGCGACCCCUGUGUCCUGCACACACCCCCAGCCCGGCACCCUUGCACCCAUAUCCCAGAGCUCCUGUAUCCCCCUGGCCCCCUGUAUCCCGGCACCCCCCGCAUAUCCCGGCGCCCCCAAACCCCGGCGGCUGGGCGAUGAGCGAGCUUAAGGACUGCCCGCUGCAGUUCCACGACUUCAAGUCGGUGGAUCACCUGAAAGUCUGCCCGCGCUACACUGCUGUGCUGGCCCGCUCCGAGGACGAUGGCAUUGGCAUCGAGGAGCUCGACACGCUGCAGCUGGAGCUGGAGACGCUGCUGUCCUCGGCCAGCCGCAGGCUGCGGGUGCUGGAGGCAGAGACGCAGAUUUUGACAGACUGGCAGGACAAGAAGGGGGACAGGCGGUUCCUGAAGCUGGGCAAAGAGCAUGAACUGGGCACCCCAGUUAAACAUGGAAAGCCCAAGAAGCAGAAACUAGAGGGGAAGGGGGGUCACGGCACAGGGCCUGGCCCUGGGCGGCCUAAAUCCAAGAACCUCCAGCCCAAGAUUCAAGAAUAUGAGUUUCCAGACGACCCAGUUGACAUGCCUCGGAUCCCCAAAAACGAUGCCCCGAACAGGUUCUGGGCCUCCGUGGAGCCCUACUGUGCUGACCUCACCAGUGAGGAGGUGCGAACCCUGGAGGAGCUGCUCAAACCCCCGGAGGAUGAGGCUGAGCACUACAAGAUCCCACCCCUGGGGAAGCAUUACUCUCAGCGCUGGGCCCAGGAGGAUCUGCUGGAGGAGCAGAAGGAUGGUGCCCGGGCAGCAGCUGCUGCUGACAAGAAGAAAGGCAUUCUGGGACCGUUAACAGAGCUGGACACAAAAGAUGUGGACGCCCUGCUGAAGAAGUCGGAGUCCCAGCAGGAGCAGCCUGAGGACGGCUGCCCGUUUGGGCCCUUGACGCAGCGCCUCCUGCAGGCACUUGUCGAGGAGAACAUCAUCUCGCCCAUCGAGGACUCCCCGAUCCCAGAGCUGGCGGGCAAAGACUCGGGAGCUGACGGUGCCGGUACUUCGCCCCGCAGCCAGAACAAACCCUUCAGCGUCCCCCACACCAAAUCCCUGGAGGGGCGGCUCAAAGAGGAGCUGAUUGCCCAAGGCCUGCUGGAGUCGGAAGACCGCCCCCCUGAGGACUCGGAGGACGAGGUCCUGGUGGAGCUGCGCAAGAGGCAGGCCGAGCUCAAGGCGCUCAGCGCUCACAACCGGGCCAAGAAGCAGGAGCUGCUCAGGCUGGCCAAGGACGAGCUGCACAGGCAGGUUCUGCGGCAGCGGGUGCGCAUGGCUGACAAUGAGGUCAUGGAUGCCUUCCGCAAGAUCAUGGCGGCACGCCAGAAGAAGCGCACGCCCACCAAGAAGGAGAAGGACCAGGCCUGGAAGACCCUGAAGGAGCGUGAGAGCAUCCUCAAGCUCCUGGAUGGCUAAUGGGGAAGUGCCACACCCUGCCCUGUCUCUCCAGACUAGCUGCCCAGCUGAGCUCCCGCUGCCUUGCUGGGGACAGGGAGGCUCCCACCCUGGGCCUUAGCAGUGACUUCCCCGUCCCUGUCUCAGUGGGGCUGGGCACAGGCUCAGCUCUGCCUUGGGCCAGUCUGGAGGGGUUGCCAGGCCCUGGGGAGGCAGAGCCCCCAUGCGUGUCUCUGCCUGUGGCUCUGCACCUGGUAGCACCUCCCUGAGCAGCUCUCCGUACUCCCCCUUCUCCCUGGGGUGCUCAGCUUCUCUGCAUCUCCCUUCCCUACUAUGCUGUGCAAGGGGCGCUCGCCCUUCCCAGCUGCCGGUGGGAGCAGGUGGUGGGGUGGGUGUUGCGCAGGGCUGGGGCAGGGCCAAGGGCCCUUCUAGGCCUGUUCUUCGGACCCCCGCUGCAGCCAAGGGCAGGAGAGGGCUCCCUCACCCGUCUGCCUGUAGGCAGCACCCUUUCCUUUCUGGCCCAUCUGGCCGUUGAUCCAGAGCCCGUAUCUGGCUGCAGGAAAGAGCCACCCAUCAUCCCCGGGACCGCACAAGCACAGCUGCCUGUCUGGAAGGAUCACUGGUCCCUAGAGGGCAGUUCCUGCUGCCUCCCUCCUGGUCCCAUGGGCAAGGGCAGGGGCUGACCAGCCCUGCUAGCGUAGCCCCAGCCUCCAAGGGGCCGAGCUCCCCUGUGCUGGGGAACACAGCAUGAAGCCAAGCAGGGAGGCGCUGCCUGGAGAAACCGGCGGCUGGCUUCACCCGUGGUUGGGUGCCCCCCGCAGUGCCCAGUUGUGAGCAGCAGAGGGUGCUGUGGCCCUGGGAACUGCCGCUCCUGCAGCCAGCUGGGCCCUGCUGUUAUUCUUGGAAAGCCGUGACAGCCAUGACAUCAGCCGUGCUGCAGCGGGGGGGGGCUGGAGCAGCUGCAGCCCCCGGUCUCACUGCCUGGGUGGGGAGACACAGACCUGCUGGACAGUGCAUCUCCGUUCCACUUCCAGCUCAGUCCCCAGGUGCGGAGAGAGCUGCCAAAGCAGGGGCCUGUAGCCGUGCCCCUGUCCCCCCACCCUGGGCGGGGGGCUGGCCCCUGGGGGAGCGGGGCUAGAAGGCUCUAUGGCUGGGGGCUGUCCAGCCCCUCGCUUUGCCUCAGGCCGGUGCAGCAGUGGGGUCAGAGCAUGCCCCUGCUGUGCAGGUUACGCCAGGGCAGGUCUGGCAGUGCUGGGUGGGCAGGAAGGUGGUAGCAAAUGGAGGGGCAGGGGCUGGAUCUCUGCCUCUGUCCAGCCAGUGACUAGCCCCUGGGUGGGGGUGGGCAGCAGGGCCCGCUCCAGGGGCAAGCUCAGCCAGGCCAUUUGCCCUGCAGCAGGGAGGGCCCCACUCCACCUGGGGGCCUCUGGGGCCUGUGCGCCCCCUGCAGUCCUGCACUCAGCUGCAGAGGUGCCCUGUGUGAGGCUUGCCUCUCGGGGGGAGGCACAGGCCGUGCCUGGCUGGGAGAGCACCUUAGCCCUGGCUUGUGGAGCUCCUGGCUGUAGGAGCCAGCCCCAUGGGAGGGCAGGGACACCAUGGCUAGGGCUGUGCCACUGGGCAGAACCCAGAGAGAUUGAGCUGGGGCCUCUGCUUAGGGGGAGCGGCCUCGUUGCUGCUGAGAUUUGAGGCUUGGGGGCGUCUCAGCACCGAGGGGUGCCACCGGCUGCUGCAGGGCGGAGUGGUGCUGAGCCUGACCCCUAGGCAGGGCUCUACCUGUGAAUGACAGCUUCUUAGCUGGUGGGGGAGGGGAGCCAGGUGCUGUGACCAGGGAGGGGGGAUUGAGGUGCCCAGCACCACUGCCCGUGGGUGAGUGCUCUCUGCACAGGCCCUGCCAGGGGCUGGGGGGCAGGAGAGCUAAGCCCCUCCAAACCUAGCGGGAGCCCGCGGGGCGGGGCAGGGGAAAGCUGCUACUUGGCUUGGGGUGGGGGUGGGGGGAGGCGGAGUCCUAGCACCAGCCGCCUUCUGGGCUUCCCCAAUGCAGCUGUCUGCCCCUGGCCUCCCCCAGCUGAGGGUGCACAGGAUGGAACCCAUCUGGUUCCAGCUAGAGAAACCUUUGUUUUCUCUCCAGCCGUUUCUUCACUCACCUCCCUGUUCGCUGGGAGGCUGUGGGGCAGGUUGGGGCUGGUCCUUGGGCCCACUGGUCUGGGGGGUGGCCAGAGGGCCCUUGCACCACUUUCUCUGAAAGCUUGAAUGGUUGUAUCAGGGCAUGGGUGUGGGAGCGGAUGAGGUGCCAUGGUGCCAGCAGCUCUGGGAGUCCCCUGUUGUUAGUGGCUAAAACCGGAGCAAACCCCCGGCUGAUGCUAAGGCAGGAAGGUUUCCUUGUCAUUCUGGCUAGGGCGGGAAGUGUGCAAGCUGAAGUGCUGGGACUGGACCGACUAGCUGAAGGGGAACCCUGCAAAGCACUGUUGGGGGCACUAGGCUGCUGGAAUUCUGUGAGCAGCUCAAUCAUGGAGUGGGACUUCCAGAGGGCCCCAGAAACCCCGGCCUAAGAUAGCCAGCAUGGCAAAGGUGAGGAAGGCCUGAGGCCAUGAGCACGGCCCAGCUGUGGCUACGUGGAGAUGCCUGCGUGGCUCACGGACUUUUCUACGCCUGCCUCGCUUCCCACACCCUCUUCCCAAGAGAACAAUUGUAGAGUUGGAAAGUUCCUGGCCCAGGGUUGGGUCCGAGGCUGGGUGUUUAGUGUAUUUAUUAGUGAGCGAGAAAUGUGGCCACUGUUGCAGAUGACACCAAAUUAUUUAAAUGAAGAUGGUGAAGACUGAGAGGAGCCUACGGGGGUCUGACCCAGCGAGGAGACCAGGCGACCCACUGGCAGAUGCCGUUCAGUGCUGACAGACAAAUGGACAUUGGAAGGAAUAAGGCAACCUGCUCACUCACUGUACAGGGCUCUAAAUGAACUGUAAUGACCCAGGAAAAAGGCCUGGGGGUUCUUGUGCUGGGUCAAUGGAAGCUCUGCUCCAUGUGCAGCAGCAGGAACAAGCAAAUAAAAAGUUGAGAUGCACAAGGAUGAAAAAGCCUCCUCUGGGAUGCUGUGCUCAGUGCUAGUCCCCCCAUCUCAGCCAGGACAUAGCUGGAAUCAAGGGGCUCGGGCAGAGGCAGAGAGACUCAUCUGGGGCUGGAAAGCCCCCAGGCAGAGAGACUGAGAAGCUUGGGCCUGUCUCCAUUAGAGAAGAGCCAAGAGGGGAGCUGAUAAAGGGGCCUGGACAAUGAAUGGGCUAGAAAAACUGCUGUUCUCCCUCUGUCCUGGCAGGAGAACCGGGGGCGUUUCAGGAGCACGUUUAACAUGGGGGGGGGGGGAGACCUUUUAGUCA